GCGACGCGCACACGGGGAAGGCACGCACGCACGCGCGUACGGAAUCGCCCGCGCGCGCCGAUGGCGAGGUCGGCGUGGAGGUCCCUCUUCGGGUGCUUCAGCUCGCACGCCGAGGCCGCGGCCGCCGCAGCCGCCGCCGGCAAGGGCGAGAGGAAGCCCCCCGGCGGCAAGAAGAAGAAGAAGAGCAAGAGGAAGGUGGCGGCGGCGGGGAAGGCGCCGAGGCCGAGCCGGUCGCUGCACGGCCGGAUGUCCUUCUCGGACCUCAGCAUGAGCGGCGGCAUGGUGUCGCCGGAGGACCUGUCGCUGUCGCUGGCGGGGUCCGACCUGCACGUCUUCACCAUCGCCGAGCUGCGCGCCGUCACCAGGGACUUCUCCAUGACCAACUUCAUCGGCGAGGGCGGCUUCGGCCCCGUCUACAAGGGCUACGUCGACGAGAAGGUCAAGCCCGGGCUCCGCGCGCAGCCCGUCGCCGUCAAGCUGCUCGACCUCGAGGGGAACCAGGGCCACAACGAGUGGCUGACUGAAGUCAUAUUCCUGGGGCAGUUGAGGCAUCCUCACCUGGUCAAACUGAUCGGUUACUGCUACGAGGAUGAGCACAGGCUCCUCGUGUACGAGUUCAUGACCAGGGGCAGCCUGGAGAAGCUUCUCUUCAGAAAAUACGCGGCGUCGUUGCAAUGGUCAACACGGCUGAAGAUCGCCCUGGGUGCCGCCAAAGGGUUGGCGUUCCUCCAUGAGGCCCAGAACCCGGUCAUCUACCGGGACUUCAAGACCUCCAACAUCUUGCUGGACUCGGAUUACAAAGCGAAGCUAUCGGAUUUCGGGCUAGCCAAAGAUGGGCCCGAAGAGGACGAGACGCACGUCUCCACCCGGGUCAUGGGCACGCAGGGCUACGCCGCACCCGAGUACAUCAUGACAGGGCAUCUGACGGCAAAGAGCGACGUGUACGGCUUCGGCGUGGUGCUGCUGGAGCUGCUGACGGGGCGCAAGUCGGUGGACAAGAGCCGGCCGCCGCGGGAGCAGAACCUGGUGGACUGGGCCCGGCCCUACCUCAACGACUCCCGGCGCCUGGACCGCGUCAUGGACCCCAACCUCGCCGGGCAGUACGCCGGCGGGGCCGCGCAGAGGGCCGCCGCGCUGGCCUACAAGUGCGUCAGCCUCAACCCCAAGUCCCGCCCGCACAUGUCCGCCGUCGUCAGUGCGCUCGAGCCGCUCCUCGCGCUCGAAGAGGAUAGCCUCGCCGGCCCGUUCGUGUAUGUUGCGCCGCCUGACAAUGGCAGCAGCGGCGGCGGCGGGAGCAGGGAGGGGCGCCACAGGAGGCGAGCGGGCCGGAGGAAGUCCGGAGACGUGGCCGAGUCGGUGGCCGUUGUUGUUGAGCGUGAAUGAUGGUCUCAGCUUGACGGAGCGUGUUUUCUGAACUUGGACGCGUCGAACAGCGGAGAGGAGCGCGAGCGCAUUCAGAUUCGAAUAUUUGUGGAACAACAAGGGUUGCCUAUGAUACGAGAAGAGGGGAGGCUUGACGGAUUGGAGUCCAUAAAUAGAGCAAUUUCAUGAAAGAAAAAUGGACAAUCUCUCUCGUACUACUCCUCCUACUUUGCAUUGGCAUGCACUUCAGUUUCUUAGUGUUUUAAUUCAGUUCAUUUAGAGUUUGUACAUACAUGUUUCCCCAGGACUAAGUAGUAGGGCAAAAAAAGUACACGGAUUUGCACCGAGUAUAAAUUAGGCAAGGUCUGUAUAGGUCUAAGUGGACUGAGACUUCGCGAAGUCUAAGUUGCUGACGUCAUCAAAUUUCCUUUUCCUUUUGAGGGUGUCAUCCA